CGACCGUCUGCCUCAACCAUGGCGCCUCCGUCCAACGAUCGCAAGCGCGUAAAAGUUUACGAGCUCAAGAACAACGACUGGUUUGAUCGGGGCACGGGUUUCUGUAGAGGCUUGAUCGCGAAUGAAGAAGCCAAGAUCCUCGUCGCAUCCGAGGAUGACCCCAAUCGCCAGCUGCUCGAAACCAAAAUCUCAAAGGACGAUGGAUAUCAGAAGCAACAAGAUACCCUGAUUGUGUGGACCGAACAGAAUGGCACCGAUAUGGCCCUGAGUUUUCAGGAGCCCGAGGGCUGCGCGAGUAUAUGGGACUUUGUGAAUGAUGUACAAUCGCGCUUGCAGUCCAUGGCUCACGACGACGGCAUGUCCGACGACAUUCCAGAUCCCACCGCCGCGAGCCCCCCCAUCAUGCUACCAAACCCAGACCUCGGCAACCUCCACGAAAUCGAAAACCACAUGCGCGCAGCCAACAGCACUCCCGGCGGACGCGAAGCAUUGGCUAAAUUUGUGCUGGCCGAGCGUUAUGUGCCCAAACUGAUUCCUCUGAUCGAGAUGGCCGAGGAUUUGGAAAGCGCGUCGGAUUUGCAUAGGUUGUGCAGCAUCAUGAAGAUGCUGAUUCUUCUCAAUGAUGCCGCCAUCAUUGAGUACGUGGUGACGGACGAGGUGAUUCUUGGUGUUGUCGGCGCUCUAGAAUACGAUCCCGACUUCCCUCUCCAUAAAGCGAACCACAGACAAUAUCUCUCCGACGAAUCCAAAUUCAAGGAAGUGGUCCCGAUCGAAGACGACGCCAUCAGGAAAAAGAUACACUGGACGUACCGGUUACAGUACCUCAAGGACGUCGUUCUCGCGCGCAUUCUGGACGAUCCCACGUUUGGCGUGCUCAACUCUCUCAUAUAUUUCCACCAGGUCGACAUCGUCCAACACCUCCAAGCCAACGGCCCCUUUUUGAAGGAGUUGUUUGGGAUAUUCGAAACGGCGGAACAAACACCAGAAAGAAGAAAGGACGCCGUGCUCUUCAUUCAACAAUGUACCUCCAUUGCCAAGAGUCUACAAGCUCAAAGUCGAGCCCAGAUGUACCAAAACUUCAUCCACCACGGACUUCUCAACGUGAUCCAAUACGCGCUCAGGCAGCAAGAUGCAGCCGCUCGAGUGGCUGGCGCCGAUGUGCUCUUGGCUCUUAUCGACCACGAUGCCUUGAUGGUUCGCAGUUAUAUCUUCAAGGCAGUGCAGGAAAAGUCGAAGCCUUUGACCGACACACUCAUCGAGCUCCUUUUGGUGGAGGUCGAUUUGGGGGUCAAGGCGCAAAUGGUCGAUGCUAUUAGAGUCCUCAUGGACCCGGGCGCGAACACGGCCUCUAUGGAAGCGCUUGGCCGUACCAACAGCGACUUUUUGUCCAAGGUACGUGGCCACUUGCCGCCGAUCGAUUUAUGGGUUCAGGAGUUCUACGAAGGAGCAGCGAGGAAGUUGUUCCAGCCGCUGAAGGACCUCGAGGGGCGGACAUCCAUGGCCGAUCUGUCAAUACAAGAUGUUGCUUUGUACGGUCACCUCGUCGAGGUCCUCUGCUAUUUCAUCAAACAGCAUUCACCGCGCUGUAAAAGUUUCCUUCUUGGGGAGCACUACACUGCACGGGUAGCGCAGCUGAUGGAUUGUCCUGAAAAGCAUCUCAAGCUCAUCGCCCUCAAGUAUAUACGUUCUGUUGUUACGAUGUCAGAGGAGCAAUUUACAGAGCAGGUCACGAGAGAUAACCUGAUCGAUCCAAUUCUCCAUGUACUGUUCGAGACGAUGCCCCGGGACAGUUUGCUGAAUUCCGCGUGCCUGGAGUUCUUCGAGUUCAUCAGGCGCGACAACAUCAAACCCCUCAUUCAGCAUCUCGUAGAAAAUCACCGAGAAAAGUUCCAGAGCAUUACCUAUGUAGAUACGUUCCAUGGCCUGAUACUCAGGUACGACCAGAUGCAGAAUCCGCCCCCGACGCAGAAUUCGCUCCCGACGCAGGAGCUCGAUCACUCUUUCACUAGCGUGGAAAGCGAAACGCCCUCUCGGCAUAUCGGUAUGGUCAAUGGCGGAAAGUGGGGUCAGGGUCUAAAAGAGGUGGAUGCAGAUGAAGAAGCGUACUUCAACGGCGGUUCAGACGACGAAGACGAUUUUCCGGGUACUGCCAAAUCGCUCAACGGAGCGUCCCCUGUGCGAGCUUUGGUCGACUACCCUGAAGACGAGGAUGAGGUGGAUAUACUCACAAGCGCGCCAUCGGAGUCGCCGCAAAUCAUUUCUACGUCAACACAAACACAGACCUCGCCGACCACGUCCAACUCAAGCAACGACUCGCCUCCCGAAAGGAUAUCAGAAAAGCGCCGUAGAGAGGACGACGAAGAGGACGAGCUUCUCAGCAGUCUUUCUUCUCCUGGAAUCAAGCGUCGUGCAUCGACCAACAGCAACUCCAGCACCGCCAGUUUGAAGAGCCUGCGGCGCAAGAAUCCCAAUAUCGCUUCGGCCAAGGAAAAUACAACUCCGAAGAAGAUCACCCUUUCCAUCCCCCUGAAAAGUGGUGGCGAGGGAGGCGAUGCCGACUGA